AGGUCCCCUCCGGUUUGUUGUUCCUGCAUCACAACAACAAACUCAGACUCAAAGUUGAGUCAGAAACAGAAACGUUACAUUUUCAGAAUACACGCAGCCAUUUUUUAUGAUAGCUGUUUUCUUUUUGAGCGUCGAUUAAUCGUUUUAUGCAGCGAGACGUUUAAAAACACUAAAAAAGUGAAAAGGUCUCGCGCUGGUGGUCGCCCGCUUAGAUGUCGUGCACGCUCGUGAGCCCCUCCGGAGCUCGGGUCCCUCUGCAGGACGGACGGGCUGUGAUUCUGGGCCGGGGUCCGGACACCGGGGUCACAGACAAGAAAUGCUCCAGACACCAGGUGAAGGUGGUGGCUUGCUUUGCAGACCAGGAUGUGGUUGUUACUCAGUUGGGUCCCAAUCCCAGUUUCCUGGAUGGUGAGAAGCUGGGCCGCAACCAGUCUGGCAAACUCACCCACGGAGGCACCCUCUUCUUGGUUAACCAGAACCACCCUUUUAAAUUACACUACUCCCUGAGCUCAAACGGGACGGCCUCCAGCGCUGCGCAGACAGGACUGAAAGCCACAGAUAAGACGAAAGGAGGAAGAAACGGGAAAGAGAAAGAGGCGCAGUCGAGUCCGAAUCCCAAGCGCAGUAUAAAGGAUUUCUUUUCUGCUUCUCCCAUGAAGUCAUCUAAAAGACAGCUGAGCCCAGAGAGCGGAAGCCCUGAGGUGAAGCGCAGGAGAAAAAACCAGGGGGCCUCGGACAGACGGAUGAAAGAAGAGGAGGAUGAUGAGGAGGAGAGACUGGCAGAGGAAAAGCUGAGGCAGCUGCAGGAGUUUGCAGAGAAGUCUGUGACAGAGAGGAGUAACAGCGCUCAGCCUUCAUCAUCCUCAUCCUCUUCAAAGGGCUGCCUAAAGAGCAACUGGCAGCAGAUCAGCAACCUGAUGCUUUACACAGCCGCUGGUGUCAAAGGGAGUGACAAGAUUGCUGGGUUUGACAUAGACGGUUGCAUCAUCACCACCAAGUCUGGCAAAGUCUUUCCCACAGCGCCAGAUGACUGGAAGAUUCUGUAUCCUGAGAUUCAGCCCAAACUGGCCAGCUUGCUCAAGAAAGGAUACAAGGUGGUGUUCUUCACCAACCAGAUGGGGAUCGCUAAAGGCAAACUGAGACCGGAAGUCUUUAAGUCUAAAGUGGAAGACAUCCUCGCCACCCUGAAGCUACCUGUGCAGGUGUUUGUGGCGACUGGUCCUGGGCUCUAUAGGAAACCAGUGGUGGGAAUGUGGAAUUACUUGAGUGAAAAGGCAAAUGAUGGCGUGACUAUUGACAAAACACAGACUUUUUAUGUCGGAGAUGCUGCAGGGAGGCCAGAGAACUGGGCUCCAGGGAGGAAAAAGAAGGAUUUCUCCUGCAGUGAUAGACUGUUUGCUCUGAAUAUUGGGUUACAGUUCCACACCCCAGAGGAGUUCUUCCUGGGCUGGAAGAGCGCCCCCUACAGCCUGCCUAAUUUUGACCCUAGGAAGAUUGACUCCACUGCGAAGCUGUACGACCCGCCGUCUGCCUCUCUCACCUCCAGCAAGACAGAAGUCAUUGUUGCCGUGGGUUUUCCUGCAUCUGGUAAAUCUACCUUCUUCCACUCCCACGUUAUUCCAAAAGGCUACGUGUACGUCAACAGGGACACACUCGGUUCAUGGCAGAACUGUGUGUCGGCGUGUGAGCGCGCCCUAAAAGAGGGCCGCAGCGUUGCCGUGGACAACACCAACCCAGACCCAGAGUCUCGCAAACGAUAUGUGGAUGUGGCUAAGGCAGCAGGAGUGCCGAGUCGCUGUUUCCUCUUCUCGGCCUCCCUGGAGCAAGCCAAACACAACAACAGAUUCCGUGAGAUGGCUCCAUCAGACCGCAAACAUGCCAAGGUCAAUGACAUGGUUUUCCACAGCUACAAGAAACAUUUUGUGGCUCCGGCUCUUUCUGAGGGAUUCUCCGAGAUCCUCCAAAUCCACUUUGUGCCGGACUUCAAAGACAGCCAAUCAGAAACCCUCUUCCGUCAGUUUUCUGAGGGCUGAUUAGACAGUGGACUUUUCAACACCUUUUUCACAUUUAUACCGAUAGAGAAGAAAUAUAGAUUACAGCCAGUGAAGCGGCUGAGGUGCGAGAUCCAACCCAACAGUUAUGGCAACACACACAGAGUUGACAUCUGCACAGUGCUUGCACAUCGCAGCUUUAAUGCAGACUGUAUGGCUAAUGAUCUGAACUACAAAGUGAGACUGUUAAUCUUAACUAGACUCACAUUUAAACAGUGUUUUAUUAAGCAACUCAACAUUUCCACAUGAAUGCACAGCUAGAUUUCCAAUAUAUGUGUGUCUCAGGAAGUAAUUAUACAUGUUGAGUUUGAAAGAAUACAGUAUUAAAACAAGAACAAUCUUUUUUAUGCUACACACAUUGACAAGUAAGUUUACUGCAAUAUCUAUGAUAUUCAAUCUGACAAUAAAACUCUGGAAAACA